CGACGGAGGCAGAGGACAAUAUGAGUGACAUGACGAGUGCCGUCGAGACGCAGCAGCAGCAACAGCAUCAAUACAUAAGCGGUAGCUCUAAUGCGGAGCAUCGGUGUAAGGAUUGCGGUCUCACCUUGGACAGCAAGGACAGUCUGGAAGUGCAUCUGCGCUAUCAGCACGAAAAUUUGGUGAACCAGUGGGCCAGUAAGGCGCAGCAGGAAGAAAGCAAUAAUAACCAUAGCAAGACUGGUAACCAUAACAGCUACGUGAGCCGGAACAGCGUGCCGGCAGACUCGAGUGAGCCACCAUCAAUGUCGCCCACUCAGGAUCAAACAUUGUCACAGCAGCAGCAGCAGCAACAGCAGCAGCAGCAGCAGCAGCAGCAUCAGCAGCAGCAGCAGCAGCAGCAGCAUCAGCAGCAGCAGCAGCAGCAGCAGCAGCAGCAGCAGCAUUUUCGUACUUCAGUGUAUAAUGACACCUACUACAUGCAGAACGAUCAGACUUACAUCCCGCAGCAUCCCUUUUCGUCAUCGCAAGAAGACGGCCAGAGUAACGGCGGUGGUUACCCGCGCUAUCAUUCGUAUCAGCUGUUUGCUGUGGAUCGCGCCGCCUCUGACUCUACCAGCCCGCAGAACCCGCCUUUUCAAUGCGACAAGUGCGGCGUCACUUAUGAGGAUGCGAAUCAAUUAGGUGAACACAUGAGAACGAGUCAUUUGCAGUCGCCUACAACGUAUCCAAUGUCUGCGCCUCAGUAUCCGCAGCUGGUCAAUAGUCCUCAGCAGCAGGUUUCCCAGCAGUUGCACCCGUCGCCGCCUCUCUCUAAUCAACCACAAUCCGGCUACAAUUACAACGGUGGACAGACGAUCAAGUCCGAAAUGAAGCAGGAGCAACCCGAGGAGCAAGCUGAGAUUCUUGACUUGGACUCUCAUAAGGUGCAGCAAACGCACAGAUUCGAUGAGCACAUCAGGCAGCAUCGGGAGCAUCUAAAUUCAUCAUCAAUACAAAUGCUGGUGUCAACACAUUCAGCACUGAUGCAGCAUCAGAUGCAGCAGCAGCAUCAUCAUCAUCAUCAUCAUCAGCAGCAGCAGCAGCAGCAGCAGCAACAGCAACAGCAGCAGCAGCAGCAGCAGCAGCAGCAGCUGAGAGGAGAACCGUUUGCGAUAAGUAGUAUAUUGCCUAAUCCUAAUUGGCCAAUUCCUCCAGAAUAUGGUGUACCCUCCCAGCAAAUAGUUUCCAUAAACCAUCCUUCACCUAUCACUGAGCACGAUCACUUCAUACACGCUCAACAAAUGCCUCCAACUACGGAUUCGCCGUUAACGAUCACGAGCACACAACCGAUGCAGACUCAUCAGUUACCUACAACUCCGGGAUACGCGCAAACGCCGAAAGUACCGGGGAGUAAUCAAAACUGGAAGAGCAACGAACCGCGCCGUCCAAAGACGUACAAUUGCACCGCAUGCAACAAGUGGUUUACAAGUUCGGGACAUCUAAAGAGGCAUUAUAAUACUACUCUGCACAAGAAUGCUGUCAAGAAUGGUAAAGAGCCUGAUCCGGCAACUCUGCCGAUCACCGCUCAUCAUCAUCCUUCUAGAGAUAAUGCCGGUUCUUCGACGAGCGGUAGAGGUGGAGGCGCUCCCGCGCCAUCACCAUCGGAGUUGUCUACCCGAAGUCCCCCAAACUUGAUGGCAGGUCCCUCGGACGAGGUGACGAGGGGCCUGCUUCACACGCCCACCACGCUCUGCAACAAUUCCAGCAGCAGCAACAGCAGCACCAAAUCUUUAGCGGUCCUGAACGAUCCAGCGAUCAUUCAGGGAAUAAUCACCAGUUCCCCGUUGCCAUCGCCGGCGGGACACCACCAGCAACAAAUGGGUACUGCGCUUCAGCAGCUGGGCUUGCAACAGCAGCCUCACCUGCCAAUGGAUACGUCGGGCCAGCCGGUACAUUCGAAUUCGCCCAUCAUGUCCCCGCUGGUGCACAUGAAUUGCAAUUCCCCAAUGGAAUCAUCAUCCCUCCCGGUUCAUCACAUGAACUCGCCACCCGGCUCAGUACAUCCGGUAAUGACUUCGCCUCCACCGAUGGGUGUUACGAUGCCUCCUCAGCCGUACCCAAACGCCUUGCCCCCCCACGUUACAACUACUAUCAACAUUCCGGUUCAACUGGAGUCUAUCCCAAUAACUACCACCCUCCCUCUUCUUACUAUUGGUAACGAGCAAGAUGAGCGGCCACAAAACCGCUAUUUGCCCGAUUUCAAAUCUAUCUUGAUGCCAAAUUUCUGCCUCAGGGAUAUAGUUGAUCACAACCAGACACAGGCUAUUAACGUGGGGGGGCUAAGUGUUGAGGAAGUCAUUCCUCAAGACUAUGAAUCUUCAGUAUCGAAUUACGGGCCGUAUUCGCCUAUGUGUUUCAAGGGAUUGAAUGAUGUAGACAUGUUGCAUGCGAGUGCAAACGAUAUAUUGUCAGCGGAAGCAAAUGUAGACGCGAUCAGCUUUUCACUCAACAAAAUUACUAUUGAGCCAAACAACAAUGAUCUGUCGUACAAGGAAGAUUUGGAUCCAAACGUCGGCUUAUCUACGGUCAAGAAAGGGCGUAAGAAAGGUAAGGCAACUACGAAGAAGCAACGUCGGGUCACGAGCAGCAAUGCUUAUUUUAUCUCGGAGAACGGCAUCAACAAAUGCCUCGCCUGCAAUAAAUUGUUCGAAAAGCCUUGUUACUUGACGCAGCAUAACAAGAGCUUUCACUCGGGCGAGAAGCCAUUUAAAUGCAGCCAAUGUGGGAAACGGUUUUCGACCGAGGAAGAUCGCAAGAGGCAUUCGGAAAUGCAUGCGAUGGCGAGAAAGCACCAAUGCGCAGAGUGUCCCAAGAUAUUCGCCCAUAAAACUGACCUCAAGCGCCACAACUGCAUCCACACUGGUGAGAGGCCGUUUAGGUGUCCCACUUGCCAAAAGGGAUUCAUCAGAAAUGACCAUAAGAAGAAACAUGAGAAUACACACAACAAAAACAAAAAGAAGAAGCAACAACAAUUAAAAGCGAAGGCAACGGCUACAUUUCUGGCUCAUUCGCGAUUCGUUCAUCGUCCCGCCACUGGUCAGCGGGCCAACAAUCAACAGUCGCAAUGUAACAACGUCAACUCGGAGUUAUAAAAACAUUCCCUUGGGACGUCCGUGCUCGAUUGGAUUGUUCGACGCGCGUCCUCGACGUCGUCCUAAUGACAAAGCGCGAGGUAUGACGAUUGUCUUUCACGUCUAUGACGUCUAUGACAGUUUCGCAUUUUUCUGUAAAUUUUCAAUCUGAAACUUGCCGUGUAUAAUAAUUAUUAGGCUUAAUUAAUGAUUAACUUUUUACUUACUAUAGUUUACAAGAUAUAUUGAUGUUGCUUAUAAACCGGUGAAGUAGUUAAGAUUUGAUAUAUGAUUUUACGGAGCUAACUAUUCCUCGUAUGUUUCCCGAGAAAAUAACGCUUCCCACUUACUCUCGGAACAGUUUCGACUCAAUGUCGACAUGGAAAAGUUCAAUGCGUCUUUUAGCUGAGAUUUGAUGGAGAGAUAUGUAGAACGAACUAGUUGAUAUACCGAAGUUGUUUUCUGAGACGCGCUAUUUAAAAAACAAUUGAUAUCUGCCACACUUUCAGCAAUGAAAAUUGUUGCAAUAUUCGGACCAAACCUAAUAAAAUAGCACCAGCGCUCUCUCUUUAUUGGUUUGUCGCAUCAAUUGCUUGAUCAACAAAUCGCGACUUCGGUUCAAUGAGUUGUCGAUGCUUUCGAUGACUAAGGCAAGUUAUAAAUAGAAAUUUGCGAAAUUGGUCAUAAAUGAUUGACAAAUUUUGAUGUCGGUGCAGUGUUAAAUAAACAAGAUUGUAAAAAAUACAAGUGUAUAAUAUCACUAUAUUAUUGAGUAGCAACCAGAGCAAAAAAGGCUCUUCGACAUAAAAUUCCAACCAUAAGUGAAAGGCCAAUAAGCGUUAAAGCGCACCUGUUUGGCGGUUUUAUACUUUUUUAUGCGUUUGGUAUUAAAGUUAACUAUUAAUAAUUAUGCAUCUACAACCACACUUUAUUUCACACUCUCUUAGCAUAAAUUUUUACGUUUAUUAAAAUUUACUUUUAUUAAUCGCAUCAUAUAUAACUUAUCAUUAUGCAUAUUUUUCUGAUUUUUUCUCUAUAAAAUAUUAAAAAUGUACAUAUAUGCACACCCAUUUUAGAAUGCAUGCGGUUUAGAUAGAAACGUAAUAAUUUUUCAGAUAAUAUUUAUGAGUAUAAUUACAUUAUAAUUACAUUAUAAUCAUAAUAUUGUAAUUGUAAAUACAUAUUAUUAUUUGUGCUAUUAAUAUUAACCAUAAAAGAUCAUCUUUAUAUCAAAUCACAACACAAAAGUAAGCAUAAAAAGCUUUUCAUUAAAAAUUUAGACAUUUAGCACAAUUGCCAUAAAAACCUAGCGAUGAAGCAAAAUUUUAUUCCUGUUUAUUCUUAGUAUUUUAUAGUACCGUUGAAUGAUAUCCUCGUAGCACAGUAAAAUAUUUAAAAUAUUAUGGGUUUUCUUUUUUCUUUACUAACAAAGAUAGAGAAUUUUGUUCCAAUUUUUAUUCAAAUUCAAUAUUAAAAACUUCUAUUAAAAAAAUCUUUGUGUUUUUCUCGGAUAAUAUUGAUAUGAGUAUGUUGCGAUUGAUAAGAGAAUAUUUAUUGAAGUUUUAUCAGAAAUAUGUAUUUUACACUCAUUUUUAUAUACAUUCCAAUUGGUGACCAGGCAUGUUCUCACAAUAGUGUCUCAGUUGUCUGUUUAUUUAAUAGCCUAAGAUAAGCUUAGGUACAAGUUGAACGUCGCUCGAGGUGAAGUUUGCUCAUGCUUUCAUAUUAUUAGUUGAAAAAUUUUAAUAAUUAGUUCUCAUCUUUUAACAUUAAAGAAAUUUUUAAUUUUAUAAUACAUUAUAUAUCAAUUAUAAAGUAAUACAAUUAAAAAUUUUAAAUUGGGUAGAUACAUGUACAUUCCACUUGUAAUCUCAUCGACUUCAAAUUUUUAUAUUAUGUCCAAUUAUUACACUGAACUUUUGUUCCGUUUAUUAACAAAAUGAACUACUGGUUUCAUCUUAGUACAUGCCCUCUAUCAAUGAGAAGAAACAGGGUAUUUUCGAUAUUCUUUAUUUAAUUCAUUAACGUUGUUCCUUUAUAUUAAAUAUAUUGAAAUACUUAUUAAUUUAUUAGUGAUUAUUGACAUAUAUACACAUUCAUAUAUUCCCUGUAUUGAGGUUUGUCGAUUAGAUACUUUCGGAGCUCAAUCGUUUCGCAUAUUGACAGCACUAAUUAAUCGAUGCCUGAUUAAUUACCGGCAAAACAAGCCAAUCACCGAGGCUAUGAUCCGACUCCCUUGAAGCGAAUUUUCCCCUCGAGCCACGCGUCGUUCGGCGCAUGCAAGCAUGCAAUUGUGAGUAAAUGUUCACGUCGCUAUAACGAAAUAACGCCCAGAUACGCAUAAUUAUUUCUGACGGUCGUUGUCCAAUCGAGCGGUCGAUUUCAGUUGCGGUAAUAAUUUCUUAUACUAUUACUACGCCAAUUAUUUGCCUUUAUCAUGCAAGCAAUAUUGCUUAAGGAGAAUUAUCUCCCAUUUCAACAACGUUGAGCUUUCACUCAAUUUAUUUCAUGGUUAUGUACAAAUUAUAUUAUACACAAAAAUUAAAAAAAAAUUGUUUCUUUAGGAAAAUAUCACUUGUUUCUA